CACGUGGCGCCGCCUCCUCUCUCCUCUCCCCCGUACUCCUCCCUUCCUACACCGGGACCUCUGUCUUUUCCCCCCUUUCCUUAUUCGGUGGCAAGCCGGAGCUGAUGCGGAGCUGAUGAGAUCCCGGCCAUGGCCGGCCCCACCUCGCGCCUCUUCUCCCGCGGCGUCGACCUCGGCCGCCACCGCCACAGACUCCUCCUCCUCCGGAACCUCCAGUCCGCCGCCGCCGCCGCUGAUCCCAAGCUCUGCCCUCUCUCCUCCGCCGCGCCACCUGUUAGGAGCUAUUCAAGUGCAUUCACAAGUGUGCAUGGUGGGAGGCCAUCAUCAGAAUAUGCAAAAAUCAGAAAGGAGUCGUUGGAAACUCAGUUUGGAAGAAUCUUGGGGUCAAGCUCCCAUACAAUCUUUGCUGACCGUCGCUUUGGUCCAUUCCUUGCAGUCUACAGGGCAGCAACUAUUUCUUUUCAUGUCGUGAAGCUCACAAUUUGGCAUCUAUUGCUCAGUGAUGUGCAUAAGCGAGCUGAGAAGUUUCGAGAGACCUUGAUACGGUUGGGGCCGUUUUACAUCAAGCUUGGACAGGCAUUGAGCACGCGUCCUGAUAUAUUGCCCAGCGCAUAUUGUCAAGAGCUCUCAAAGCUGCAGGAUCAAAUACCACCAUUCCCUACUCGUAUCGCAGUCAGGACUAUUGAGUCUGAAUUGGGUUCUCGAAUUUCUGAUCUAUUUGCUGAUAUCAGCCCAGAGCCAAUUGCUGCAGCAUCACUGGGGCAAGUAUACAAAGCUCAUCUUCACUCUGGAGAGCUUGUCGCAGUCAAAGUUCAGAGGCCUGGAAUGGCACCCUUGCUGACUCUAGAUGCACUUUUAUUCAAUAUGAUUGGAGGACAGCUAAAACGAUUUGCUAAGGCCCGCAAAGAUUUAUUGGUAGCUGUUAAUGAAAUUGUUAGACACAUGUUUGAUGAGAUCGAUUAUGUUUUAGAAGGAAAAAAUGCUGAAAGAUUUGCAAUCCUUUAUUCUCAUGGUUCAGGUGGUGGAAGCAUGACAAGUAUCAAGGUCCCAAAGGUCUACUGGAAUUAUACACGUAAAUCGAUAUUAGCGCUGGAAUGGAUUGACGGCAUCAAGUUAACUGAUGCUGAGCGCAUCAGCAAAGCCAAUCUGAACAGAAAAAGUAUGAUUGAUGAGGGUCUCUAUUGCUCGUUGAGGCAGCUGCUCGAAGAUGGCUUUUUCCAUGCAGACCCCCAUCCAGGUAAUCUGGUGGCAACUGAAGAUGGAUCUCUUGCAUAUUUUGACUUCGGUAUGAUGGGUGAUAUUCCAAGGCACUAUCGAGUAGGACUCAUACAAAUGCUUGUGCACUAUGUUAAUCGUGACUCCUUGGGCUUGGCGAAUGACUUCCAUUCAUUGGGAUUUGUCCCUGAGGGAACAGACCUACAUGCAAUUGCAACUGCAUUGAGAGUUGCCUUUGGUGAUGGAAGGAGGCAAUCAAAUGAUUUUCAGGGGGUAAUGAACCAUCUGUAUGACGUCAUGUAUGAUUUUAAUUUUUCACUCCCUCCUGAUUAUGCACUGGUGAUAAGAGCACUGGGUUCCUUAGAAGGGACUGCAAAAGCACUGGAUCCUGAUUUCAAAGUUAUUGAGAGCGCGUACCCAUUUGUCAUUGGAAGGCUCCUUGCAGACCCCAGCCCUGAUAUGAGGAAAAUAUUGAGGGAGCUUCUGAUAUGUGAUGAUGGAUCCAUCAGAUGGAAUCGACUGGAGCGGCUGAUUGCAGCUAUAUCUCAACAGUCGCAAGAAUCUUCAAACGAACCGGGAGAUGAAAAUGCUGCCAGCAGUUCUGAGUGGAGAUCAUUCGACAUGCAUUCUGUUGUUGCAGCUACAGAAGACCUUUUUGAUUUCAUUUUAUCAAGGAAAGGCUGGAGGGUUCGUGUUUUCCUUAUCCAGGACAUUUUGAAGGCCUCUGAUGCAUUUUUACAAGAAGCAACAUUUCCAGAUAUAUUUGACAGAGAGGGGAGUACAGGGGAGCUAGAUCCAGAGAGAAGUAAAAUGAUCCGAAGGCUGAUUAAUGGUGUUCAAUCUUUCCGUCAAGCUACCAGUUUGGCACCAGAUGCCUGGAUUGCCAUGCUAAUCCGUACCGUCAUGAAACAUGAAUCGCAAAGAUUCGUUCUUGAUGUAUUUCUAGCCUUGGUGAACCAUUCCUGUAACAAGAUUCCAGAAACAUGCUGGAUUUGUAUAUCGAGAUAUCUGAAGUACUUGGACAAGCAAUCAAGAUAGGUAAAAUGCCGAAUGGCAAUGUGUAGUCUGCUAGAUGUGGUCUGAAUUUAGUGUUUAGUGGGUAAUAUUUCAGUUCACUUAAAAUGCUGCAACCCAUUUUCUCAUGAUCUGAAAGCUGCUAUGAAUGUUCAUUGUCCGUGGUACUAUUGCGGCUGGUUAGAAUCUACUGGCCAUGCACAGAACAUCAAAUGUUCUUUCUCAUGUCCAUUUCUGGAUUAUUUGACUUGGUUAGGAUGGGCACACUGUGAGGCUAUGUUGAGGCUCCUUGGAAAUUCGAGAAAUGUCGUAAGAAAGAGUUUUAACUCAAGUUGGAUACAUGAAAAAACAGUACUGUACAAUUCUUGUCAGAAUCAUGGGGUUUUCCUCUGUUUCUGAAUGGGAUCAGCAUACAUCCAGCUAAGGGAAAAUUCCCUUUGGUCUCGGUGGUGGCAUAUUUGAAUGUUUUCUCCAUUGCUCUUUCUGCAUAUUUUCUCCAGCUGUAAAAAGAGACCGAUCUGAUAGACGAUGGCAGGGAGAGGUGGUGCAAGUUCUUUUUUUGCGUAAAUUUUGUACCUAGUUCCCAGUACUGGAUAAUAUAAAUAUUGAAUUAUAAGAAAAUUUAUGUACU